AUGUCCCUCCCCCACGCCCUCAACCUAGAUGAAGAAGUCCGGCUCUACACCACCAAUUCCCAACGGGAGAAGGUCGAGUCCAUGUCCACCCUCUUUGGUAUCAUAGUCGCACUCGACUACCUCGAGCGGGCCUAUGUGCGGGACUCCAUUACAGCUUCUCAGUAUACGCCGGCGUGUAUGAAGCUUUUGGCGCAGUAUAAGACGAUGUUGAAGCUUAUUCCUGAAGAAGUGCCAAGCUUGGAAGCGUUCAUGCGACGAUACAACAUGGACUUCCCUGCCGCAGCGCACCGCCUCGCCCUAGGUCUCCCAGCAACGACCGAGCACUCCGCCGCUUCGUCCAGCUCCAGCUCCCCCCAGCGAGUAGCCGAAACGACACAAAAUUUCAUCACGUUCAUGGACGCCCUCCGGCUCGAGAUGCGGGCCAAGGAUCAGCUCCAUCCGCUCCUUACUGAGCUUAUGGACGGGUAUUCGAAGUUUGAGGGCAGCCAGGCUUGGGAGGGAAGGGCCAAGAUCGUCGGGUGGUUGAUUGUCCUUAAUGGGAUGAAAGCGAGUGAGGUGUUGAGUGAUGAGCAGGUUAGGCAGAUGCUGUUCGAUAUCGAGCGCGCGUAUAACGAGUUCUUCCGGUCUUUGAGUGGGAAGAGCGCACCGAUCACUUAG